UCGCAGUCAGAGACGCUAUCCGGUAAGUAAAGGACGGAACGGCCCUACAAACUUCGAAAUUCCACCUUUUUCACAUGGUAUUUCUUGUUGAAAAUGCUUACAUGUGCUGUACGUGAGUUGCCUACGUGUAGUCCUGGAUAAUAAUUGCACCAGCUUUUGGCUGAUCGACGUUUGGGGUUUAUUCAGUUGGUGAUAGGAGUUGAAAGGGUGUUGUGCAUAGCGGAGUUGUCAUCCAUUGAUCAAGUUAUCCCUAUCUCACAGCACUUAUGAAUAUCCAAUCCUGAACCCACUGGAUAUACUGUGUGCGUUUUUUUUUUUUCUUCAAGCAGAAGGAGACUGUGUUUUCAAAAAUUGGGAAGAUAAAUUAAGGAGACUCCUCAUGCCGCUGGUGGACAUCUUUUCGCAAAAUUGUGCGCAUUCCGCGGCGCCAUGACACUUCAGGUAUAUCACUAUAUGGCAGAUUGUGGUGGAAACUUCACUGAGAAUCUUCCAACAAGUCAGCGGCCACCUGUGCCGGGUGAAGAGAAUGAAACGGUGUCGACCAGCUCAGUCAGCAUCACCAAGGAACGGUCACCCUCGGCAACACCGCGUCGGUCGACACUCAUGUCGGCCAUGAAACUUGGACUUGGAGGUAGAGAGGAGGAUGAGGCUCCUCUUGGGUUCGAACCCGAAGGGUCGGCGUCCGUGACGCCACCCUACACUCGUUGGACUGAAAGCCUACACGCCUUACUCUCCGACGAGGACGGAAUAUGCUUAUUCAAGCAGUUUCUUGUACAGGAAAAAGCUCAGGACCCUCUUUUAUUCUGGUUAGCCACCGAGGGAUUUAAGAAGAAAUCAGCCGAUGAUCCAAAACGGAACGAACUAGCCAAGGUCAUAUAUAAGAAGUUCAUCAAAGCAGACGGUCAACAAGCGGUGAAAAUAUCCUCAACGUUAAGAACUAACAUAGCGGGCAUGGUCCGCAGCUCAGUAUUCGAUGAGUCCCUGUUCGACCCCGCCCAGGGCGAGGUGGAGGAGACUAUCCGGGAAUCAACCUAUCCAAGUUUUCUCAAGUCAGAUAUAUACGUGCAAUACAUAAACAAUGGUGGAAUAAGUCCAAAGAGUAGUGAGUGCAGCUCCAGCGGUGAGAACUCACGAGUAACAGGUUACCUGCCAACCUUACCUGAGGAUGCCGAACUCACUGAUAUCCCGUCUGGGGAAAAUGCUGCAUUAAAUCAGGGACAGGUGCCUCUAACGAUGGAGAUGCUGAUGAAGACUUCGUUUCAUCGACAUUCGACGAGUAAAACACAAGAAGGGUGCUAUUUGAGAGGAAGCAGCGCCAGAGUACUCAGUCCAUACCAUCCGAGCUUCACGUCUUUCGCGCCGGCCGUUUCCACUAACGAUUCUGAGUUACAGAGCUUAUCGAGCGAUGCUAUCUCUGAUGAUACAAUGUCGCUCACGGACUCGAGUGUUGAUGGCGGUCCGAUCAUAGGAAGGCACCAAAAGCACCAGCAACGAAGGCGACAGUACCGCGCCAUGAAGACGAAUGUCAGACAGAACGGACGAGUUGCUUCAUUCCCACCUUUCCCUAUCGCACAGCGCCCUCCAAAAGAUGUGCAGCCCAUGGAGCCAGCGGAGUUUGCGCGUAUUCUGACCGAGAAACUAGAACGGGUUUUGAGGCAACGUGAAACGGAAGAAAGGCUAACAGCAAGGUUACGAAAAGUGGAGGAGGAAGAGUCACAUGUGGAUCCCGACAGGACAGUCAGUUCAUCGGACGCUCCCAGGUUAUCAGCAAUGUUUGAGAAAGGAACGCUUCCAGAGGACGACCCAAACAGCAUUCUAGAUGACCACUUUUCCCGCGUGUUCAAGGACUCUGCGCGCCACACGCCGGGCGACUUCUCCCCGCGUUCGCGCUCACCGGACCGGGCGCACCGGGCGAAGACGUCGAACCCUCUGGCUUCCAUGGCCCCAGUCGGCCUGACAGGGAAGCAGAUGAUCCCCCACCAUCAACUCCAGCACAACAAGCAAAGCAUGCAAAGGCAGCGCAGUAAGGACGUUUACACGCCUGGCUAUAACGUUGAACCCGAAAUGACCAUGGCUCAGUACAGGCACGCUAUGCGAGCCAGCAAACAGAUGGAGAUGGAUGCCUCUACGCAGAAAACAAUACCCCCGGAGUUUGGCGACUCAAUAUACCAUAAACUCAGAGCAAGAGGGGAUAGUAUAACCAUGGAUUUAUUCACGGACACAACGCGACAUGUCAAACCCAAAAAGUCAAGUAAAAAGUCGGAUAUAUCUUCAAUUUCUAAGACAACGGACAGUGGAAUAUAUGAAGGACCUCCAUCGCUUCCAUCUGACAACGAGAGGAAACAGCACAUCGAACAAUGGAUCGAGGAAGGAGAAAGAUUCAGUAAACCAAUCACAGGGAAGCAGAACCGACGGCCGGGUCAUCGCAUGUCCCCCGAUAUCACCCAAGCAUCAUCUAUGCCACAACAGAGACACAGUUUGCCAAAGAAGCCAGUAGCCUACAAUACCUCACGCCCAACCUCCCAGGAGCGAACCUACUGUUUGACCAAGGUGCUACCCCAGAGGAGUUCUCCUCACCUACCCACCCAGCCGAUCAUGCAGGACCCCAGCAUGCCCCUCAACAAACCCCCAGAGCCACUCACAGUCUUGGAGGAAGUACGCAGAAGGAUAGACGUCUCCAGCAAGCAGAGACAAAGGCAUUCAGACGGAGGCCGUAAAGACCGGAGACCUACAAGUGGUAACCCGCCAACCCGUGUGACAUCAGCCCCUGCUAAAAUGGCACCGGUGACAUCACCAGACAUGGUGGAAGAUCAGGGAAGAAAAAGCAGUUCCAAGCCACGCACAUUUGCGCCGCCUGACGGCAAGGAGGCGACGUCCAUAACGGUAGCUUACUACUUCUGCAAUGACCCCAUCCCAUACAGGACGACACUUCCGGGCAACAAGAUAACUCUGGCCCAGUUCAAGACGCUCAUCUCAAAGAAAGGAGAUUACAGGUAUACUUUUAAGACACCAAGCGAUGAGUUUGAUACAGGCGUUGUCCACGAGAUUAUUUCAGACGACUCAACAAUUCUUCCCAUCUACCAAGGAAAGAUCAUCGGCAAAGUGGAAAAGAUCGACUGAACCGGUUUAUCUAACUUAAACCCCCUAAACCAAAGUUAUACAUUACAAAGCAUUACACAUAUAUAUGGCAUUCUAACCUAGUUAAUAAGUGAAGUUGAAAAAGAGAAAUGGUGAAACGGAUUAACUCAACGGAUUAAUACAAGUAUAUACAUGUACCUAAAAUUUGGCUGGGUGUAAAUUUAUGCAAGCAGAAAUUUCUAAACCAAAGCUCAAUCAAUCAAUCAAUCAAUCAAUCAAUCAAUCAAUCAAUCAAUCAAUCA